GAAGUCUGUCUGGGUUUCUGGCUUCACAGAAAGAGUCACAGGUGUUUUCAUGUAGUGGUCCUGGUCGUGGGGUGCUGGCACUGUUAAUAUUCUUGACUACUUCGAAACCUGACGUGAACGUAAAGUAAUUUCGCUGUCACCUCGUCGCGGACAAGGGUUGACGGCCGGCUAAACUAUGGAGUCCAUGCUCAAUAAGCUAAAGAGCACCGUCACCAAGGUGACAGCUGAUGUGACCAGUGCAGUGAUGGGAAACCCUGUGACGCGAGAGUUUGAAGUCGGCCGGCACAUUGCCAGUGGGGGGCCUGGGAUGUGCUGGAGGAUCUAUGAUGGCACUAAGAAAUCCACCAAACAGGAAGUAGCAGUCUUUGUAUUCGAUAAGAAGGUAAUUGAUAGAUAUCAGAAGUUUGAAAAGGACCAGAUCAUCGAUUCACUUAAAAAAGGCGUUCAGCAGCUAACCCGCUUACGACACCCACGACUGCUUACAGUCCAGCAUCCUUUGGAGGAAUCAAGGGACUGUCUGGCAUUCUGCACAGAGCCUGUGUUUGCUAGUCUGGCUAACGUGCUGGGCCAGUGGGACAAUCUGCCUAGUCCUGUUCCCACAGACAUCAAAGAUUACAAACUCUAUGAUGUGGAGACGAAGUAUGGCUUGUUGCAGAUCUCUGAGGGCCUGUCCUUCCUGCAUAGUGGGGUGAAGAUGGUGCAUGGUAACCUGUGUCCAGAGAACAUCAUCCUGAACAAGAGUGGAGCCUGGAAGAUCAUGGGCUUUGAUUUCAGUAUCUCCUCCAGUAACCCAUCUGACGCUGAGCCCAAGUAUGUAUGUAAAGAAUGGGACCCCAAUCUACCCCCUCUUUGCCUGCCUAAUCCGGAAUAUCUGGCUCCGGAAUAUAUCCUGUCUGUCAGCUGUGACUCCGCCUCUGACAUGUACUCGCUGGGAGUGGUCAUGCAUGCAGUCUUCAACGAGGGGAAGCCAGUCUUCCAGGUCAACAAGCAGGACAUCUUCAAGAGCUUUAGCCGACAACUAGACCAGUUGAGUCGAUUGAGUCCCUCAGUACUAAGUCGGAUCCCUGAGGAAGUGCGAGAGCAUGUGAAGAUGCUUCUGAGUGUCACAGCUAACGUGAGGCCGGAUGCCGAUCAGAUGACGAAGAUUCCUUUCUUUGACGAUGUGGGAGCAGUGACCCUGCAGUACUUUGACACGCUCUUCCAGAGAGACAAUUUGCAGAAGUCCCAGUUUUAUAAAGGCCUUCCUAAAGUCCUGCCCAAGCUGCCCAAGAGAGUAGUGGUGCACCGGGUCCUGCCAGCUCUCACGUCGGAGUUUGUGAACCCGGACAUGGUGCCGUUUGUGCUGCCCAAUGUGCUGCUCAUAGCUGAGGAGUGCACGAAGGAGGAGUACCUGCGGCUCAUCCUACCGGACCUCACACCAGUGUUCAAGCAGCAGGAGCCUGUCCAGGCCAGCAACAUGAUCCAACUGAUAUUCUUGCAAAAGAUGGACUUGCUUCUAACCAAAACACCCCCUGAGGACAUCAAGAACAGCGUCCUUCCCAUGGUCUACAGAGCAGUAGAGGCGCCAUCCAUUCAGAUCCAGGAGUUGUGUCUGAAUAUCAUCCCCAGUUUUGCUAAUCUGAUUGACUACCCCUCCAUGAAGAACGCACUUAUCCCUCGCAUCAAAUCGGCCUGUUUACAGACCUCCUCAUUAGCUGUGAGGGUGAACUCUCUGGUGUGCCUGGGGAAAAUUCUGGAGUAUCUGGAUAAGUGGUUUGUCAUUGAUGAAAUCCUGCCAUUCCUACAGCAGAUACCUUCCCGGGAGCCAGCCGUACUCAUGGGCAUUCUGGGCAUCUACAAGUGCACUUUUACCCAUAAGAAACUAGGCAUUCCAAAAGAACAUCUUGCAGCGAAGAGUUUGCCUCAUCUAGUCUCGCUCAGUAUUGACAACAACCUGAACCUUAACCAGUUUAACGCUUUCAUGGCUGUAAUCAGAGACAUGCUGAGUCGAAUGGAGGCAGAGCACAAGACCAAGCUGGAGCAGCUCCACAGCAUGCAGGAACAGCAGAGGAGCCUGAACCUCACCAGUCAAAUGAACCCCACAGAAGAGACAAAGGUGAGCCCUAAUCCAUCCAGUCAAAUACGAGAGAUUGACGACAUCUUUGGUGGGAGCGCAGCAAGUGCAGGUGUGAACAGCAAAGAGAAUGGCUCCUCCUCCGUCACCUCUCAGCCCUCUAGAGUUUCUCUCACUCUGGAGGAGAAGCAGCGUUUGGCUAAAGAGCAGGAGCAGGCUGCCAAACUAAGGAACCAGCAACCUUUGGCACCACAAAACGUCAAACCUGCUGUGACCACCACACAGACAAAAGACCUAACCAGCAGUCUACUGAACAACAUGACCUCACUGAACAACCUCUCUCUGAACUCUGGUCCUCGGACAGCGCCCAUGCAGGCUGGCACGCUCACUUCUGGCUUCUCCACUGGACCCACGCUAGGUGGCAUGGGCACCAUGGCCCCCGUGAGCAAUGGCUUCAGCUCUCCUAUGGGCUUCAGCAGUGGGACCAUGGCAAUGGGUGUGGGCAUGCGACCUGCCAGCCCUGGAAUGUAUGGGGGACUGGCCACCACCACCAGCACACCGAACUUCGGCACCCUCACGCAGAACCAGAACCAGAACCAGCCCAGCAAGCCUCCCGACAUGUCUGCCCUGGACUCUCUCUUCACUGCUACCAAGCCCAAAGUCAGCCUGAACCAAAUGGCUUCCAAGCCGGCUGCAGCCACCGCUGCGCCCUCCCCCUGGCUCAACCAGUUUGGUACAGGCCAGCCCUCCCAGACUGCAGGCAUGCAGGCAGGGCGAGUGGGAAUGACUGGGGUGCAGGGUGGAUUUGGAAUGCAAGCUAACCCGUUUUUCAAUCCUCAGAACUUCUCGCAGCCUACCCAAGCCCCAACCAUGAACACAGGAAUGCUUAAACAGAGCACGUCCGUCAAUAACGAUCUGAAAGACCUCUUCGGUUUUUAAGUUGAAAAUAUCAGAGAUACCAGAAAAUGGGGGCUAAGGAGGUCAAUAUAGUCCAUCCUUAAGGCACAUUACUUAUUUUGCUUUCAGUUUGGUUAAUGAGAUUUAAACAUUUCUUGUGGUGAACCUUUUGUUGAACAGCUGUCAAUCAGAAGAUGGCCACCAGCCUUACUUAGGCAGGCUUGUGCAUAUUUCUACAAGUCCUGCUUGUCUGGAGUCCCUGCUUGAGUACUGCAUACUGGACAUAAAUAUGUUGCUUUGGUUUGUUCACUUAAGUACUGGGUUUCAAAAGAAAAAGGGGGAAAAAAGCAUCCUCUAGUAAAUGAAAGUGUGACAAUUCCAUGGUAAUCCGUUCUCCUUGAAUGACACUUUCGGGGUCAUUCAUCCAUUAAAUUCAAUGUGGUCUUGUCUCCUUUCGGCGCGCCACUAAAUCUCAUAGCACUUUUCGAAUGACCAAGGACCUGUCAAGUGAUGAAUUCAAUAGACCUGUCAGUUGGUGUCCAUCAGAGAUAUCCAGUAUGUACGGAAGGAGACAAACGGGUCUUUUGUUUCCUUUUCUUUUUUUCCCCCCUGAUGAGUUCACAGCUCAUCAGACCUUUACAUUUUCCAUAUUCAUUUGAGCAAUGAUCACAAUCUAAUCGUGUGUAAAGUUGUGUGGCAGUGUGUGGGAGGGAUGUGUGUGAGAACGUGAUUUAUCUAGAUGUAAAUGUGAGAGAGUCUUUUUGUGGUUGUUACCAUUUUUUUGGUAGAUAUAUGACUUGAUACAAAUUGCCCAGUGGAGUAUAAUCUGUUGCAGUCUGUACAGUGGACAUUUUGCACUGAAGGUGCACAAAACGUAAUGGUGCUGUAUGGAAGCAUUUCUAUGCCGGUGUAUUUGGAGGAAAUCCGUGUAACUGAAAGUGCUCCGAGGUUGCAAGUUUAUAAGUUGAUAAUGCAUCUUGAUAUCAUGAUCUUUCUCCAAAUCGUGGUAAAAUGGGUAUAAAUUGGGAUUACAUUAUUGAACUUUUUUGGCAUUUAGGAGCUUCCUUAGAAAGAUGGUGUAUGUGCAUUUGUUUGUAUCUGUGUUUGUCCAGCUUGUAUCUUCUUUUUAAGUAAUUUGUGUUCUGUUGCAUUGCACAUCACAGUUCAUGCCUGUCCUGUAGCCCACGUGACAGUAACACUGGGACAGAUUUGGCAGUGGGUUAACACAGUUAAAAACGCACAUGGACCAAUUUAAGCUUUUAUUCCUACUCAUGACCAAAUAGAUAGCUGCAAAAUGGUGAGCCACUCUUCUAGAACUGUAUAAUAUUUGCAUAUCAUACCAAUGAAGUGUAUAGUAUAUUGAGAUUUAUUUGAUAUAAUUUAGGAUUUUUAAAAAUGUAUUCUCUGAAGAUCACAUUCACAAAGGAGACAUGAGUACCUGUGUGUGUGUGUGUGUGUGUGUGUGUGUGUGUGUGUGUGUGUGUGUGUGUGUGUGUGUGUGUGUGGGGGUUGUUGCGUACAAGGAGAGGUGUGCAAUAUUAGGUAUUUGAAGGGUUUUGCAAAAUUGGCUUGCUGUGAAUAAGUGAUUUAGCACAUAGAAUUUUCAUAUAUGGAAAAUAUCUGGGCCCUGGAUUCAAUAAAUCAUUUAAAGACUGGAAUGUCAUAAAAAUAGUUCCUUGGAAAACGGGGGAAAUGUAAAAAGCAGUUCCAAUGAUUUGAGAGAUGGAUCUAAUGUAUGUAGUCCAUGACUUGUGGCAGAAGCGUAUUUGUAAUUGAAAUGAAUAGUAAUUAAAAUAGAUUUGUAAAUCAAAAUGGUUUCCUUACAGAAAACUAGACUCUCAUAGGACCUGGUUCCAUUUGCCAACACUACUAAUUUGACAUCUAAAUAAAAAAGUGAUAAAUGCCUAUUCUUUUAUUAGAAUCUUUAUAUUCUACCAAUGUAAUAUCUGUACAAUGUGGCAUCUUUGUGAACUUUGUAUUGUGUUAUGAGACUGUAUUGUCUGAAGUUGAGAGUUUGAAAAUCUGUAAAUAUUUAUCAAAAUACAGAUGCUGACCUUCUCUUUAAAGUCUUUUGGUCACUUUGUCAAAAGUGUGUAUUUGUGUGUAAAUACAGCUGUAGUGUAUAUAUAUUUUUAGAAAUAUUUGACAAUAGCCUGAAGGAUAAAUAAAGCUCUUUAAAUUAUG